ACUGUGGGAUUUCUCUCUCGACUCUCCGUAUCCAAGGUAACGCUAGCUUUGUAGAAUGACUCGAGCGCUAGUUUUUCAGAUUUUAGGAAAAGAGCCUCACAGUUACUAUUCUGUUUUACCGGCAUGAAUGCACUUCAUACAUAUCAACAUUAACUACCAUAUGUAACAUAUGGUAGUUAAUGGUUGAAAUGCUCUUUAGCUGAUCACUAGCAUGUUUACUGACGAAGCCCUGGACUCAGUGAGUGUUCAGUCUCAGUGGAGGAUAUCCCAGCAGUCCGCGCAGGAGUCGAGAAGCUGUCAGACCCGCGCCGUGCACAGAGCUGAGGCCGAGGUGCAGGCGGGGUCCUCCUCCACCUGCUGCACCCAGACAGAGACCCAGCCUCAGGAGGAGCUGCUCCUCCAGGACGGGCUGGAGCUGCCCGGCCUGAGGGACUUCCUGCAGCGGGUGGAGGACACUGUCGUCAGAGAGCUGGUCAGAAAUGCCAGGAGUCACGCCUUUGAUGAGUUCCAGGUGAACUGGGAGGAUCACAGGCAGCGAGUUUCAUGCCUUCAUUUCCUUCAACAUAGCAGCGCACAAGAGAGAGGUCUUCAUGUAACCAGUGUUUCCUGGAACUGUACAGGUUCAGUUAUUGCCUGUGCCUACGGUCGGAUUGACGAUGGAGACUGGAGCACUGAGAGGUCGUGUGUGUGUACCUGGAACCUGGACCGCCGCAGCCUGAACCCCAAACAGGCUGACCUGGUGAUCCAUGUCCCCACCGCCGUCACCGCUCUGUGCUGCCACCCCGAGCAGCCUGCCCUCAUCGCAGGGGGGCUGUACAGUGGAGAGGUGCUGGUCUGGGACACCAGCCGGACUCAGGACCCGGUGCUGGUCCAAACUGGGAUGUCAGCAGACAGCCACAGAGAGCCUGUGUAUACAGUAGCCUGGGUGCCCCUGCAAAAGAAAGGUGAGUUUGGGGUCCUCAGUGCGGGCUCAGCAGGACGGGUGCUGCUGUGGACGGUGGACUUGGAGGAGGCCCGGUUUGUUCUGAGCGCUGCCUACGCCUUGGUGCCACAGCAGCUCCCUCACAGCAGCGACAGCAGCUUCAAGGCCCGGGGCAGCAGCACUGUGGGGGUCACCUCCCUGGCUCUGUCCCCCUGGGACCCCGACACCUUCCUGGUAGGCUCUGAGGGGGGUCUGCUGCUCAGAUGCUCCUUCUCAUCCCAGACGCCAGCCGCUGUGCCCCCCGAAGGCCAGAGUGUGACCCUGAGGGCCCCCGCUGUCUUCCUGUUCAAGCCCCGCAGCGGCCCCGUCCACUCCAUACACUGCUCCCCCUUCCACAGGAACCUGUUUGUGAGUGCAGGGACUGAUGGCCUGGCCCACCUCCACUCCCUGCUGCAGGCCCCCCCGCUGCUCUCUCUCAGGGUCUCACACUCCUACGUGUUCCAACUGCAGUGGUCUCCAAGCAGACCUCUGGUGUUUGCAGCAGCCACCGGACAAGGUGAGGUGCAGAUAUUCGACCUGGGCCGCAGGUCCCUGAGGCCGGCAGCCACCAUCGAGGGGGGGACAGACCAACCGGCAACCUGUCUGGCCUUCAACCAUCGGAACCCCCACCUGCUGGCUGUGGGGAGGACAGACGGGAGCGUGGGCAUCUGGCAGCUGAGCCACGAUCUGACGGAGCAGGGCCCCCGAGAGAGCAGCCAGCUGGAGCAGAUAGCCAAUCAGGUGGCAGAAUGACUCGCUGCAUAGGACUGAUGUAUAUGAACUGUGUCUUCAAGACGAAAAAUGAAAUAAAAACAGGAGGCGAUGAUU